AUGUCCAUGUAUGAUGAUCAAAAUGUCCUGGCUAUUCGUUUCACCAUCCUCUUGAUCUGGACGCAACGCAACCUCCACGGCUUCAGUGGCCAUCACCGUCUUGGACGCAUCCACGCGGCUGAGGCUGUCACUUUUUAUUUCCACAAAGACGUAAUGGCCCAAACAUCAAACACAGCUACAGUCCAUCCUGUGAUUGAGAGAAACGACCACCACAGCUUCAUGGAAUACGCUCUGAAGCAGGCCCGUCUAUCCCCAGCGGCCCAUGCCGAGUUUUGCGUUGGCGCCGUACUGGUUGAUUCCCAGGUAAAUCGAAUUCUCUCGGCGGGCUAUUCCAUGGAGCUUCCUAGCCCAGUAGGCGACCAGGGCAAUACGCACGCCGAGCAAUGCUGCUUCAUCAAAGUUGCCCUAGCACACAACCUGCCACCGGCCCAUGCCGAGGACCAUAUCCGCCACGUCCUGCCUGCAAGAACUGUGCUCUACACGACUAUGGAGCCUUGCAGUCAUAGGUUGAGCGGGAAUACCACGUGUGUCGAGCGAAUCUUGAAGCUCAAGGGCGUUAUACGUUCCGUGUACGUAGGCAUUCGCCAGCCUAGUACAUUUGUUCGCUGCAAUGAUGGAAUGAAACGGCUGCAGGAAGCUGGAAUUGAGGUACGGAUAACAGAGGAUAUGAAGGAGUAUAUUUUGAAUGUCUCAAUGGCUGGACACUGA